AUGGCAGAUUAUGAAAGAAUUACCGAAAGUCACCCGCGGCUGUCUUCGGUUGGGAGCGAGCCGGCCGCACCAUUAACCCAGAUCAAAGCACCCCAAGCACAACGAACCAGAGCGAAUUCCGAACGUGUUUCAGGAGCUCAGUGGUUAGAAUGCCAAUUUACUGACCGGAAGGCUCGUCGUUCGAACCCGACCUCUGCAUCCUGA